AUGGAGCAGUAUCCGUAUCAAAAUCCCUUCGAAAGACGCCCAAUCCUCAAAUCCAAGGCUCCUGCUAAAUUUCUUGAUAGUUCAAAGUUGAAGAGACACUGGCUCAUUCACACUGGGGCUAGGGACUUUGUAUGCACUUAUGAAGUCUGUGGAAAGGCAUUCUCCUUGGAUUUUAACCUCAGAUCUCACAUGAAGACUCAUUCACAAGAAAACUAUCACAUCUGUCCAUACUCUCGGUGUGGAAAGAGAUAUGCUCAUGAAUACAAGCUUAAGAACCAUGUUGCUGCAUAUCAUGAAAAGAAUGCUGCUGGAGAGACGCCUAAAUACACGCCACCUGCAGAGAAAGUAUCAAGGACUCCCAAAACACCUGCAACGGUUUAUGGCUCAGCAUCUUCGGAACGUCCAUACUCAUGCCCUUACGAAGGGUGUGAGAAGGCUUACAUACAUGAGUACAAGCUUAAACUCCACUUGAAGAGAGAGCAUCCAGGGCAUUUACAGGAAGAGAACGCAGAGAAGCCCACUCCGAAUAAACACGAGUUGGAAGAAAGCAGUGACCAAGAAUUUUACAGGAAACACGCUAGUAACGGGAAAAACAAGACAAAAAAAAAAUCAACAGAGCAGAGCGAAGCCAAACAUGCGGACACCACCAGCCAGUGCUAG